AUGCGCCGACAAAAAGGCUUAGAGAAAUUGCCCUUCUCCAUUCGAUACCUGCUGGAGGCUGCUGUUCGCCAUUGCGAUGGUUUCCACGUUCUGGAGUCUGAUAUUGAAACAAUUCUCAACUGGAAUGAAAGCCAGCACCAACAAGCUGAAAUACCUUUUAGACCAGCUCGAGUUCUUCUUCAGGAUUUCACGGGUGUUCCCGCUGUUGUCGAUCUGGCCACCAUGAGGGACGCAGUUCAAGAGCUCGGUGGAGAUCCUUCAAGAGUGAAUCCUAUUUGUCCUGUUGAUCUGGUUAUUGAUCAUUCUGUGCAAGUGGACAGCUAUGGAAGCCUGGAUGCCCUGGCAAAGAAUCAAAGCAUGGAGUUCGAGAGGAACAAGGAGAGAUUCAAUUUCUUGAAGAUUCUCACUUAG